AUGACGAGUAACAAAAAAUACGGACUCAUUUUAUCGGAAAAAUCAAAGAGUAAACAACUUGCGUUUCAAGCUACUCAUAAUGUUUUUGGCGAUGAUUCUGAUUCUGAUGAUGAGCCUAGUAAGAAAUCAAUCCUUCUAAGACCAAGCGAUAACAUAAACCGACAAAGUAAAAUUACUCAAGAAAAAGCAAUGUUAGAAGACCCUACUGUAUAUCAAUAUGAUGAAAUAUAUGACUCUAUGACAAUCAAAAAAGAAGAAAAGAAAAUAAAAAGUAAAGAAGAUAAGAAACCAAAAUAUAUAGAAAAUUUAAUAAAAGCUGCUGAUAAAAGGAAAAUUGAAAAUGAAAGGCGACUGGAGAGGCUGGUUCAAAAAGAAAGAGAAAAUGAGGGUGAUGAGUUUGCUGAUAAAGAAGUCUUUGUAACUUCAGCAUAUAAGAAGAAACUAGAGGAAAUGAAAAAACAGGAGGAAAGGGAAAAGUAUGAGGAAUAUUUGGAAAGCAUCGGAGAUGUUACUAAGCAGAAGGAUUUAGGUGGUUUUUAUCGUCAUAUUUAUGAACAAAAGCUAGGGACAGAUAAAAGUGAUCAGAAUAAAAAUAAAGAAGUAUUUGUUAAUAGUACAGAGUUGGAAGAAAAGGUUGAGAGUAAACAUAAAGAUACAUUACAAACCUCAAAGAAAAGAAACUACAGAAAAAGAAAAUCCUCAGACAAUAACAGACUUCUUUCUGAUGGUGAAAUUGAAGAUUCGGAAGAAGAAAUUAAUAGGUGUAAUUUAGAAGAUAUAAGGUUGUCCAAAAAAGCAAAGCUAAGUGAAGAGAACAUUGAUGCAGAUUCAGACUUUUCAAUUGACGAUUCUAGUGAUGAAGAAAAAGAACUAAAAAAUAAUGAAAACUUGAAACUAAAGUCUCCUGAUAAAGAAACAAAUAAAAGAGUUACAUCUCCAGAAACUCCUAAAGUCAAUGUCACAGAGAAGAAAGAGUCUUUAGCAGAUGAAAGUACUCCGGUGGUUGUUAAGAAGAUUGAUAUAUGGAAAAAACGAACUGUAGGUGAGGUGUUUGAACAAGCUCUUAAGCGUUAUUAUGAAAGGAAGGCAAAUAGAGGAUGU